AUGCAGCACGCUCAUCUUUGCGAGAGGCUUUUCCAGCUCAAGCUUAACGACGUCGGCAGGGUCGAGAGGACCGGCAAGGCCGAGAAGACCGGCAAGGCUGCCAAGGCCGGCAAGUCUCUGUUCGGGUUGCCAGCAGGGGUGGUCCCAUUGAGAAACAACUCUUGCCAGACCGCCAUCAUUGCCAUGAUGUCGGUCUUCAACGCGCACGGCCUUGAUCCAACCUGGGCCGAGCCACAAGCGGAGCUGGUGCAGGCAUUCUUUGACAACUUGUCGGAGAGAUACGUUCACGACGAGCCGCAGCUCAUCUGGGACACCACCGAGGAGGAGUUGGCUUACAUCACCACCAGGGCGGAGGAGGCAGCGCUUGCUGAGGAGGCCGGCAGCCUCGGCACCGUGAAGGACGAGGCCAACAUGGCCACAGAAGAGAGGGAAUUUGCUGAGUGGAUGGGGUCCGCCGGUGAAGCCAGCGGCUCCGGCGCUAGGGUUCCCCUUGUCGAAGACAUGGUCGAGGAGUCGGCCGAAGAGGAGACCGAGGCAUAUGACUCCUCGGUCCCAGGGAGGAAACGCGUCCUGCGGCAGACUAGCUCCGUGAGCCGCGACACGGAGACGCUCACCCAGAGGGCGGCGAAGAGGGCCAAAGCUUCAACGGGCGCCGAGCCCCCGGCGAGCGCUCCGCGCACGCCGGUGUUGGUGGUGAUCAGCCCGGACAACAGCCCUCGACGCAGCCCCCGCUUUAGCCCUCAGCACCCUCCCCCGACAGACCAGGAGGACAUCGACACUGUCAUCGAGGAGGUCACCAAGGAUGCCGAAGCCGAGGCCACCAAGAUCGCGGCUGGGGAAGCCGCCAAGUCCGCCAUCGAGGAGGCCGCCAAGGGGCCUGCCGGGGAGACCAGCGAGGCCGCUGUCGAGGAGGCCAGCCAGGGGCCUACCGGGGAGCCCGGCAAGGCUGCUGCCGAGGAGGCCGCCAAGGAGCCCGCCGAGGAGAAGGUGGCCAACGACCAACCUUCCUCCCCUACAGCCCCGGCCCCGGGCAAGUACCUGAGGGUGGGUCUGUUCAUCCGCCUCCCAGGGACGACAAGCACCAGAGCGCCAGCUAAAGGGGAGGUGUUCGACGAUGAGGCGCUCGCCAUCGCAGGGCUCCAGGAUGUUGACGAACCGAGCGCCGGCGGCGGCGGUUCCCAAGAGGAGCAGCUCCUCCGAGUCAUGAGCGCCAAUUUCCAGAAGCUCCAGGCGCUCCACCAUGCCCGGCAAGACAAGGUGAAAUCCAGGAUGGCGGCGGUGGACAAGGCGGAAGCGGAUUUUGAGGAGCGCGUCGCUCAGACGCAAGCUGACAUCAAGAAGGCCCAAGAGGCGGCGAAGGAACAGGUCGCCAAGGACAAAGCCGCCCGGCAGCAGCAGCAAGCUCUGCUGGACACCCAGGAGGAAGACCUCGACGAGGAAAUCGGGAAGAUCGUCGCACAGCGGACCCAGGAGCUGGAGCAGAAGCACAAGGACGCACUUGAUGCUCUAGCCCUGGACCAAGCCGGCAAGGUGGAGAAGCUGGAGCUGGAGCGGGAGGGGCUGAAGAAGGAGAUCUCGGAGCUGACGGGGGAGAGGGACACGGCCAACCGCACUCUGGCAGAUUUGCAGGUCACAAUCUCCGACAAGACCAAACUCCUCUCCGAGGCCAACGGCUCCAUUGAUGAUCUGAAGCGCAAACUGGACACCUUGGAAGGGACACUUUCGGAGGUCAUGGUCCGCGAGGAGACCCUGAACAAGUCCCUUGAGGACGAGAGGCGGCUGCGGAAGGAUGACGCCGCCGCCCACAAUGACUUUGUGGGCAGCGUAAAUCUCUGGAUCAGCCACCUCAUCGACGUUGCAGAGAAACUCACUGUGCAGCUAGCCGUCAUGGGCAUGCCGGACGUCACGUACUCCUAG